CGGAUAUUAGGGAAGAAGAAGGCAGCUGCGAUUUCUAACAAACGAAAAGCAAUUGAUUUCAUGGGAGGGGGGGUCCACAUGCGAUCGUGUGCUGGCAAUCAUGUGGCCCUUUCGGAGGAUAUGGGCGUUAGUCCCAGCAUCGACCAUCGGACGACAUACGUCAAUGUUAGCAACGCGUCAGCGUUUACCCCAUGUGGACUGUGGGCCGUGUCUGUGUUAGUAUUGCAUGUUUGUACAAAAAACCACACAUUUUGACAUUUUCCACUUCUAUGUGACUGUGAACUGCCUACUCCUCUCUUUCUCUCUCCAAAAACUUCUCUUUUUCUCUCUCCUUCUCUUAUGAAUGAUGACCGGUGACGGAUAAAUCAAACGCUUUUUGGUCCCAUUCAAAGUUCAACUUUUUUUUUUGUCACUUGAAAAAACAACACAUAGAGCAAAAUUUAUAGCCGUUUCUAUUCUCUCAUUUCUCAAAGUUUCUGUCCUUAGAGCCUCUGGUUUCUUCUUUUCUUUUGACUACCAGAUAAUGUAAAGUCUCAGCAAAGUUUUAACAAAGAUUUCCCUCUAAAAAUUUUGCAGUACAAACCCAAAAAGAGAUUUUUUUUUAACCCUUUUUUCUUGAAGAAUGGCUUUGAGUAGGUUCUGGGGUCUGUUUCUCAUCCACAUUGCUCUGCUUUUGGCCUCGUGUUUUGCUGAGGAUCCGUUUGUUUUCUAUGAUUUCGAAGUCUCUUACAUCACUGCUUCUCCUUUGGGUGUUCCCCAACAGGUUAUUGCUAUAAAUAACAAGUUUCCUGGCCCUACUAUCAAUGCAACUACUAAUAACAAUGUCGUUGUCAAUGUUCGAAACAAAUUGGACGAGAGUUUACUUAUCCAUUGGUCUGGGAUUCAACAGAGGCGUAGUUCAUGGCAAGAUGGGCUUCCUGGCACUAAUUGUCCUAUUCCUGCUAAGUGGAACUGGACUUACCAGUUUCAGGUUAAGGACCAAAUUGGGAGUUUCUUCUACUUCCCAUCACUACACUUCCAGAGAGCGGCUGGUGGUUUUGGCGGCUUUAUAAUAAACAAUAGAGCUAUUAUUCCUAUUCCUUUUGACACCCCUGAUGGGGAAAUUACCAUUUUGAUUGGUGAUUGGUACACACGCAACCACACGGCUUUGAGAAAGGCACUUGAUGCUGGACAAGAUUUAGGGAUGCCGGAUGGAGUUCUUAUUAAUGGCAAAGGCCCUUACCGAUAUAAUGAUACUCUUGUACCUGAUGGCAUUGAUUAUGAAACAAUUAACGUCCACCCAGGGAAAACUUACCGCCUUCGAGUGCACAAUGUGGGAAUAUCAACCUCCUUGAAUUUCAGGAUUCAGAGCCAUAAUUUGCUUCUUGCGGAGACCGAGGGAUCAUAUACAGUGCAGCAGAACUACACUAGCUUAGACAUACACGUAGGACAGUCUUAUUCUUUUCUGCUAACCACAGAUCAGAAUGCAAGCACUGAUUACUACAUUGUAGCAAGUGCCAGGUUUGUAAAUGAAUCACAGUGGAAACGAGUUACUGGUGUUGCCAUUUUGCAUUAUUCAAAUUCAAAAGGAAAGGCAUCUGGUCCCCUCCCUGAUCCACCACAGGAUGAAUAUGACAAAACCUUUUCGAUGAACCAAGCUAGAUCUAUCAGAUGGAAUGUAUCUGCCAGUGGUGCUCGCCCUAACCCACAGGGAUCUUUUAGAUAUGGUUCAAUCAAUGUGACUGAAAUUUUUGUUUUGAAAAACAAGUCACCAGUGACUAUUGAUGGGAAAAGACGAAUGACACUUAGCGGGUUAUCAUUUGUAAAUCCUGCUACACCAAUCCGGCUUGCUGACCAGUUCAAAGUUAAGGGAGUAUAUAAGCUUGAUUUUCCCAGUAGACCACUUACAGGUCCAUCUAAAAUGGAAACAUCAGUAAUUAAUGGAACAUAUAAGGGAUUUAUGGAAGUCAUCCUACAGAACAAUGACACCAAGAUGCAGACUUAUCACAUGAGUGGAUACGCAUUUUUCGUUGUUGGAAUGGAUUAUGGUGAGUGGUCAGAGAAUAGCAGGGGCACAUAUAACAAGUGGGAUGGCAUUGCCCGCACCACAGCACAGGUUUAUCCUGGUGCAUGGACAGCAAUCUUGAUAUCACUUGACAAUGUUGGAGUCUGGAAUCUUAGAACAGAAAACCUCGACUCGUGGUAUCUUGGCCAAGAAACAUAUGUCAGGAUUGUCAAUCCAGAGGCUACAAACAAAACUGAAUUGCCUAUGCCAGACAAUGCCCUCUAUUGUGGUGCUCUCAGCAAAUUACAGAAGCCGCAGGAUAUCUCUUUGGCAACAUCAAUCACAGGCAGUAAAUCAAAACUGUUCUUCACAGUGCUGAUGAUUGUCUCUGCACUAUUUCUUCUUUCACGCUAGGGGUUUUCUUUUGGGGUGUCUGUGCUUGUCAGAAACUAGCUUCUCAUAAGGUUUGUGGUUGUGUGUUUAGGUGUGUAAGUGUAGUCUUGUGGAUAUGAAUUUUUGGGUGAUUUUGACAUGAAUUUUUUUUUUUGUUUACAAUGUUGUUAAUGCUGCCGGGGUUCCUUGUUUAAUUUAUUGGGAACAUCAUUCUUUUAAAACCUAUAAUUUAUGUACCGAUGACAAUUCAUUAAUUUUCAAUACAGUUUAACCUCGUGUCUAGAUUUAUGUGUACUUUCAUGCUCUAUAUCUGCCUUGUUUCACACACUUUGCUUAAAUUCAUCAACACGCUCACACAUAUACGCAUGUAUAUGCAUCUAUAUAUUGUAUAUAUGUUUGUGAAUGGAUGGGUGCGUAAUGCAUUAUGAACUUGCACAUUUGAUGCCCCUUUCUAAUGUAAGUGAUCAUUGUCCAUCAUUAUAGUCAUUCAUUUGAGGUUUUAUAUACAGGUCAACAUUGCUAUUUCAGACAGAACAUAUGUUAAAAAUUUGUUGUGCAGAACAUACAUUAUGACUAGUGAAGUAGUUGUUUAGGGUUUAAUUCUUUACUUUUGGCCUUGUCUAAAUGUGCCUGUCCCUCUUCCACCCAAAAGAAAAAGCUGUAGCAAUGAUGCAAUAUGUACGCUUGAGUGGUUGUUUUAUGAGAUGGAAUGAAAAUGGUAAAUCAACACGCGUGAUUUUAAACUUGAGAGUGACACCACGAAAAUAAAAAGUUAUGCUUGUCCCAUUUUUAGGUCCAUCUGUGGUAGAAGAUCACGAGUCUAGCUGGAAAUCAUGCUUCCAUCAGGUUUAUACGGUUUCUUUCCCCAUGCUUUACUUUGCCAAGCCAGCUCGAUUGCCCAUAUGCCCUUCUGGAGAUUGAGACUGAAGGGCAAUCCUGGUCCAGUGUUCUGUCAAAUAGAAACAUCAAAUGCUGCACAA